GAAAAUUGAGUUUAAGGAUCCGCCGACGAUAACAUGCCAAGUUCACGCGUUGUCUCAUUCCUGAAAAUCUCCCACUCCCUCUUAGAUCUUACUCGGAAACACAGUCUUUGAUCUGUAUUCCUAUCUACUUGAUGUAUAGUUAUAUACACUCAGACAUACAAUUUACAGACGAAUGUUGAUUUGAAUUUCGAAAGCAAAAAAGGAUUCUAAAUCGACAUCAAUAAUGUUGCGUCUCGGAGUAUCUACAGGAUUUUCAUCGAUCAUAUUACUUUUUUGCCUUCUCAGCGUUUCUGUGCACUGCAAAACCCUAAAAAGAGACGUGAAAGCUCUUAACGAAAUUAAAGCAUCUCUUGGAUGGAGAGUGGUGUAUGCAUGGGUUGGAGAUGAUCCAUGUGGAGAUGGUGAUUUACCAGCUUGGUCUGGUGUCACAUGCUCCACACAAGGUGAUUAUAGAGUGGUUACUGAACUGGAAGUAUAUGCAGUUUCAAUUGUGGGACCCUUUCCUACUGCAGUAACCAAUCUACUGGAUCUUACUAGAUUGGAUCUCCACAACAAUAAGUUGACUGGUCCAAUCCCACCUCAAAUUGGGCGAUUAAAGCGGCUUAAGAUACUUAAUCUGAGGUGGAAUAAGCUGCAGGAUGUAAUUCCUCCUGAAAUAGGUGAACUAAAGAAAUUAACACACCUCUACUUAAGUUUCAAUAGCUUUAAAGGGGAAAUACCAAGGGAGCUAGCUAAUCUUCCAGAAUUGCAGCAUCUUCAUCUGCAUCAAAAUCGGUUAAUUGGGCGUAUUCCACAUGAAUUGGGCUCUUUACAAAAUCUUCGCCAUUUGGAUGUUGGUGAUAAUCAUUUGGUUGGAACUAUUAGGGAACUGAUACGUAUAGAUGGAUGUUUUCCAGCUCUUCGCAAUCUAUAUCUAAAUAACAACUAUCUGACUGGAGGUAUUCCAACUCAGCUUGAAAACUUGACCAAUCUGGAAAUUCUGCAUUUAUCUUACAACAAAAUGUCUGGGAUAGUUCCAUUUGGACCUGCUCAUAUUCCAAAAUUGACCUACUUGUAUCUGGAUCACAAUCAAUUUAGUGGAAGGAUUCCUGAUGCCUUCUACAAGCAUCCUUAUCUGAAAGAAUUGUACAUUGAAGGAAAUGCAUUUAAGCCAGGGGUGAACCCGAUUGGUGUUCACAAAGUACUUGAACUUUCAGACUCGGACUUCUUGUUUUAAUCAAUUUGAUUACACGAUUUUUGUCUAGUUAUUACUUAGUUUACGAAGUGGGCCCCACGAAAUCAAGCAUUAAUCGGGUGAUUUUCCUUUGAUGAUAAAAAUAUUUUAUAGCUGUGAUUGUUUAAUCUUUUGUAUACGUGUUAAAACUCGCAAGUUCCAAAGGAACUUAAGUGUAUAGAAUAUAGUAUUAUCAGUUAUUUUGGGUUUUAAGGAUUC